AUGAAUCUUACUUCCACUGUUCAACCUUCGGAUUAUCUUCCAUCUAGAAUUCUUCCUCCAUUAAUUGAACCUAAUGAAAUUCAAUGUCAAUGGUCAGAUUGUGAUCUUUUAUUUUCAACACCAAUACAAUUAACAGAAAAAACAUAUAAAUGCCAAAUUCGAGGUUGUGGUAAAUUUUAUACAGAUCGAAGUUCACUACGAAAACACGUUAAAAAUAUUCAGAGUGAAGAUGCAUUUCGACAAAAUAAAACAUAA